AUGGGGUCAUAAAUAACAAGAUGAAGACUGAAGGGAGGAAAAGAUACCCUGUGCAAAGUGACCUCAGGGUUCAGGUGGGAGGAGGCGGGGCCGCGCAGAUUCUCCUGAACAGGUCAGAAGGACGCCAGCGGUACGGCGGCUGGAGGAAGGUCAAAGGUCACCUGUUAGAGGUGGGAUGGAGCCUUGUGGCAUUUGUCUGUGGGCUGCUGUUGGCGUCUAUGUACGGACUCGCGGCACUCUUCCUGCAGAAGCAGUCGCUGUGGCUCUGUGUUUACACCACGCUGCCCGUUGCCUUCUUGGCAGCAUUUGGUAUGGGGCUUUCAGCUGGGGUCCGGGCCAACGUCAUUGUGAUGCUGCCCUCGCUGUGCUCAGCUCACGGCAGGAACUUCCUUCUCUUCCUGUUUGCCUUCCUGUUGUUGUCCGGCCCGCUCACCAACACGUUAGAGAACACGCAGCGCGCUGCCUCCAGUCUGCUGUGUGGAGCCGAGCUGGCAGCCAAUCAGACACGGGAACUGAUGCAGAGGGCCACUACGCCCCUUUACUCUGUGUUGGACAGGAUCAGAGAAAUCACCAGUAACGCUUACGCUGCUGCAGGAAGAGUCCAGAACUUCAUCCAAGCUCUGACCGACAGCGUCCGCCAUGUUGCUCGCACACUGAGGAACGUCCUCCACUUCCUGGUGGACAUCGGGGACAUCUGUAACGACACACUGGGUGCUCCGUACAGGAAGUGCCGGGAGGUGUUCACGGACUCUCGGACCGACUGCUUCAACCUGCUGGGAGACUUCAGCUACCUGUGUGACAUCAUAGACAGCUUCCUGCCGCUCUGCAACAUCGCCCGCGCUGAUGAGCUCUUUUGCAUCCUCCCCUCCUACAUCGCCAGCCAUCUGAAAAAACACCUGGCAGCUCCUGUCGUUACAGCGUUUGAGCAAAUGAAGCGUGAGUUUGACUUCAACAUCUCUGCCUCAGUGAACUUUGACCUGGAUGCCAACAUGAGCCACUCUCUGCAACAGAUGUCUCAGGACAUCAUGGAGGAGGUCUCCUCAGAGCUGCAGCUGCUUCAGAAACUCAUUGACCCGUUAAAGUACGGCAGCCUCGUGCUGCUCGCCUGCUCAUUCCUGAGGGCAGUGCGCUACAGGCGCAGGUAUCUCCGUGACCUCAGCUUUGAUAACAUUUACAUCAGUGCUCAGUUUGAGGAGCUCGACCAACAGGUGACAUCAGCGGGCGGAGCCUCCGUCCUGCCAAUCACACGCAGCGAAGCCAAGACCUACAUUGCCCCACUGUCAGUUCACCUGACGGCCAGAGAGCAGCGGGCGGUCGCAGUGGGCGUGGCCUCGGUCUUCAAACACCUGGUGAUGGGCAGCGUGCUGGUGGCACUGGACUUCCUGGUGUUCUGGAUGCUGGACCAGGUACACCACCAGGUGAAGGGGGACGUGGUGGCCCGAGCUCCGGUCACUGUGGAGGUGCAGGUGAACGGAUCGGGUUACGCCUCAGAUAUCUACAGAGACCUGGUGUGGUUCCACUGCUUUUACUGGUUCUGCUCUGUUUCAGGGUUCCUGCUGGGUUUAGCUCUGCUGGUCUCUCUUACCGGAGGAUUCGUGCAACGCUGCAGACGCCUUGUCUGCGCUUCAUAUCAUCCAGAGAGAGAGCUGGAGAGGAUCCGGUUCCUCCGACAGCAGAUCCUGGAUCAGAGGAGGACAGUGGGGAAAGCCCUGAGGAUGUCUGCAGCCAGGAAUCGAGCUGAUCGAGGAGGAGGAGGAAGAGGAAGUCGCCUUCAGGCUCUCCUGCUACGGUUACCUGGGGGAGCCUACCUAUCUCACCUGCUGGGCUUGUCACCAUCAGUCACCUGUCUGGCCUGUGGAGAGGUGGUGAGUUCAGCAGAGGACAACAUGGUGGCCUGUGAUGUCCCACAGUGCACAGGCGUGUACUGUCGGCCGUGUUUCUACAGUUUAGGAAACACGUGCAUUGUCUGUAUGCGGCCCCUGACCUUCCAGGAAGACGGCGAGGAGGAGCUAGACUCCAGCGACGACGAACAGUUGAGUCUGUGGUCUGCAGCUCUGAACUCGAGCCACAUCACCGACCCCCAAGCCAGGGGACUGAUGAGGAGGAGGAUCUUCAUGGCAACACGGCGAAGGCCAACUGGACGUUCAGACAGUGGAGACAAAAGGAAGGAUGGAGGCAACAGAAGAGAGUGCGACAGCAGUGGACACAUCAGCGUUCACUCGGACUCUGAGCUCAGUGAAGCAGACAUGACCUACCAGGAUGGUCCCAGGUCUGAGGAGUCCGACAGCGAUGCCUCCUUACACUCCGCCACGUCACGGAACCAAGGCGGCUACCAAGACGAGUCUAUCAUCACAGUCGUGGUCCACAGACCAGGAAGUCCUCCAAACCUGCAGGAUUCUCCAGGAGCCUCCAGGGCCCAGUCCCCAGGACCUGAAGCACAUGUUAUACUUUGUGGUUGAAGUUAUUAAAGCAUGAAAUAAAAAAAGAUGAAAU